AUGGACUGUGGGCCACCAGCUUCCCUCCAGUCCCACCUGGUCGGACCGUCUGGCCCUGUCCGCCGCGCGGUGGCCGUGUGCCAGCAGGAGAGCCUGUCGUUUGCCGAGCUGCCCUCUCUGCAGCCCCCCAGCCCUGUGUGUCUGGAGCUCUUCCCUGUCGCCCCUGAGGAGCCACAGGCUCCUGAUAGCUGCUGGUCCCUGGGGACCCCUGCCCCCCUCCCGGGACUUGGAUGGCCACCAGUGUCCCCAAGAAGCCCAGAAGCUGAGCUCUCCUCCGGCAGGGGGAUUCGGCCCAGCAGGGCUGGCAGCUGGCCACACUGGCCCAGUGCCCAGCCGUCAACUCUGGAGGGACCCUGGCGUCCCCAACACGCACAGCCACAGCGUAGAGCCAGCCAUGGCUCAGAGAAGAAGUCGGCCUGGCGCAAGAUGCGAGUAUACCAGCGAGAAGAGGUCCCUGGCAGCCCCGAGGCACAUGCUGUCUUCCUGGAGGCCGGCCAGCCACUGCAGGAGCAAGCCCUGGCCCGGAGCCCGCAAGAAUCCAGGCCGCUGGAGCUGGCCGGGGCAGCACGUGCGGGGCUUGAGGGUCCCGAACAGCGGCGGCGCUUCUCCGCUUCAGAGCUCGUGACGCGGCUACAUUCCUCUCUGCGCCUGGGCCGAAACUUGGCCGGUCGGGCACAGCUGGGCCUAGUUGCCGGCACUGGGGCAGCCCGGGAAGGAAAAAUGCCAGGAAGGGAGUCUCACGGUAUAGACCCCAAGGCAGAUCCCAGUGAGAACCCUGGCGGCUGGAGCGAGCCCAGGCUGGCCGCGCAGGAAGAUGUGCAUCCGGGGUGCGGCAGUGCCCACGAGCGGCGCCAGUCCCGUUUCCUCCUGAACUCCGUCCUCUACCAGGAGUACAGCGACGUGGCCAGCGCGCGCGAGCUGCGGCGGCAGCAGCGCGAGGAGGAGGGCCCGGGGGACGAGGCCGAGGGCGCGGAGGAGGGGCCCGGGCCGCCGCGGGCCAACCUCUCCCCGAGCAGCUCGUUCCGGGCGCAGCGCUCGACGCGCGGCUCCACCUUCUCGCUGUGGCAGGACAUCCCCGACGUGCGCGGCAGCGGCGUCCUCGCCACGCUGAGCCUGCGCGCCUGCAAACUGCAGGAGGCCAAGUUCGAGCUCAUUACGUCCGAGGCCUCGUACAUCCAUAGCCUGUCAGUGGCCGUGGACCACUUCCUAGGCUCGGCUGAGCUGAAUGAGUGUCUGGCCGCACAGGACAAGCAGUGGCUAUUUUCCAAACUGCCCGAGGUCAAGUGCACCAGUGAGAGGUUCCUGCAGGACCUGGAGCAGCGGCUGGAGGCCGAUGUUGUGCGCUUCAGUGUGUGCGACGUCGUGUUGCAGCACAGCUCCGCCUUCCGGCGCGUCUACCUGCCCUACGUCACCAAUCAGGCCUACCAGGAGCGCACCUACCAGCGCCUGCUCCUGGAGAACCCCAAGUUCCCCGGCAUCCUGGCUCGCCUGGAAGAGUCCCCUGUGUGCCAGCGGCUGCCCCUCACCUCCUUCCUCAUCCUGCCCUUUCAGAGAAUUACCCGCCUCAAGAUGCUGGUGGAGAACAUCCUGAAGCGGACAGCACAAGGCUCGGAAGAGGAGGAUAUGGCCACCAAGGCCUUCAAUGCACUCAAGGAGCUGGUACAGGAGUGCAACGCGAGUGUGCAGUCCAUGAAGAGGACCGAGGAGCUCAUCCACCUGAGCAAGAAGAUCCACUUUGAGGGCAAGAUCUUCCCGCUGAUCUCUCAGGCUCGCUGGCUGGUCCGGCAUGGAGAGCUGGUGGAACUGGCACCGCUGCCCGCAGCGCCCCCUGCCAAGCUGAAGCUAUCCAGCAAGGCCGUCUACCUGCACCUCUUCAACGACUGUCUGCUGCUGUCCCGGCGGAAGGAGCUGGGCAAGUUUGCCGUGUUCGUCCACGCCAGGAUGGCUGAGCUGCAGGUGAGGGACCUGAGCCUGAAGUUGCAGGGCAUCCCAGGCCACGUGUUCCUCCUCCAGCUCCUGCAUGGGCAGCAUGCCAAGCACCAGUUCCUGCUGAGGGCCCGGACAGAGAGCGAGAAGCAGCGGUGGAUCUCAGCCCUGUGUCCCUCGAGCCCCCAGGAGGACCAGGAGGUCGUCAGUGAGGGACAAGACAGCCCCCAGGUUCAGUGCGUCAGGACGUACAAGGCGUUGCAGCCGGACGAGCUGACCUUGGAGAAGACAGACAUCCUAGCAGUGAAGACUCGGACCAGUGAUGGCUGGCUACAGGGGAUCCGCUUGGCAGAUGGCGAGAAGGGGUGGGUGCCCCAGGCCUACGUGGAAGAGAUCAGCAGCCUCAACGCUCGCCUGCGAAACCUCCGGGAGCAUAAGCGUCUCACGAGCACCACCAGCAAGCAAGGGGAGCACCCCGUGUGA